CGCCCGCGCCGCCGCCGCCGCCGGCGCCCUCAACCGAUGCCUGCGCGCGCUCGGCAGCAGCUGGAAGAACCUGCUACACUCCGGCCGCCCAAGGCGACGCCGCAGGUGAAGAAGGUGCCGCCGCCGGCCGUGCCCGACGUCUUCCGCCACUCGGGCUCCUCCUUCGGCUCGUCGGCCUCCGCGGGCUACAGCAGCGCCGGCGAGGAGGGCUUCCUCACGCCCGCCGCCGACGCCGCCGCCUCGCAGCCCAGAGAGGGUUGUGACCACGCGGAGGUCUAUGCGAUGGCCAACAAGUCCCCCGGCUCGCAAUUCUCGUAUCCAGCGUUCACCUUUCCAGGACCCCAGUACACUCAACUAAUGCACGCGGGCAAGGGAUCUGCCUACUACCAUCAGCUGUCCCUGCAGGAGGACCAGGGUAUUGAUAUGACGCAGAGCCCCGGCAGGGACAGCCCCGGGUCGUCGGGGUCGGGCUCCGGCUCGGGGUCGCGCCACAGCACGGCCAGCCUGGACAGCGGGCGCGCCUCGGGCUACCACCUGCUGGGGCCCGGGGGCAGCGUGAGCAGCGCAGGCAGCGGGGGCGGCGGCGGCGCGGGCGGCGCGGCGCGCGGGGGCGGCGGCAGCGGCAGCGGCAGCGUGCUCUCGUCCAGCCCUCGCUGCUCGCUGUCGUCGUCGUCCUUGGGCUCCAGCGAGCACGGCGGCCCGGCCACCAAGGAUCAGGAUGUUAUACACUCGUGGUUACUCGAUUUACACUUUGAAGAGUACUUCCCACUCUUUGCCUCAGCUGGUUAUGAUAUGCCAACAAUAAGCCGCAUGACUCCUGAAGACCUCACAGCUAUUGGAAUCAAGAAGCCAAAUCACAGGAAGAAAUUGAAAGCUGAGAUUGCUCAACUAAAUAUAUCAGAUGGACUUCCAGAUUACAUCCCUGGAUCAAUGGAAGAAUGGUUGAGACUUCUGAGACUCGAAGAAUAUGGCCCACAGCUCCAUCAGCAAGGGUAUCGAACAGUAGAAGACGUCACUCAGUUGACAUGGGAAGAUCUUGAAGAUAUAGGGAUAGUAAAACUCGGCCAUCAGAAGAAAAUUCUUCUGGCUAUCAAGCGAGUCAAAGAUGUGCGUGCUGGGAAACGUUUCCCACCCACUGGUGGGGGCAUUGACCUCGCACGAUUACCCCCUCACCCUGGCCAGACACAGGACGUGUUGAUCACGACGGGGCCUGGCGGGGGGUUGCACUCUCCGGAUGAGGGCGACUGUAUGCCCCCUGCCCACGUGCACGCGGCGUACCACUCCUUCCACCAGCCCUGGGAGCUGGAGGGCAGCCGGCAGCAAUUGCUUGGCCUCGGCCUGGGCCAUGGCCACGUGUUUAGCACCACCACCACUAUGACCACCGCACCACCACCGUUCUUCCAACCUAUGUAUUGUCCAGAUAUUAUCCGCGGCGGGCGCGGCAAGUCGCUGGAGUCGCUGGAGGACGCCGGCGAGCGCGAGCGCGCGGCCGGCGCUGCCUGCCACACCUUCAGCGCCGAGCACACGCACACCUUCUACUACGCCGCGCACAUGGCGCCGGGCCCCUGCGGCUGGCGGCCGCGCUCCUACGACGACGGCGACAUCACGCCCACCAACGAGGUGCGUCCCGGCCCCUUCCACCGCACUUCAGUUAAACCGGCUUUUCAUGGCUUUGGAAACGUCAUUUUAUUUUGUUUGUUGACCAGUUUAUGUAGUCCUCUCCAAGUAUUCCUUAAUGAGAGUGUUUCUCGGAGUUAUUUGAUGGGAAAUGCUGAAAAAAAAGAAAGGAAAGAAAAAAAGAAAAGAAACAUUAUCUGCUCUCGCAGUCAUUUCCUCCAACAUUGUGAUGAACACAGUUGUGACUGCUUGUUGAUCCCACAGGUGACAGUGGAUCUGCAUUCCACGGCAUCCUCGCCGUUAUCCUUGCCUGCCUAUCCCAGCUCUGAUGAGCUGGCCAGUGGCACUGAAGAUGAGCUGCCGCUGCCUCCUCCACCUGCGCCAGGAUCUCCUCCCACUGCUCGUCUCUCAGCACUGUCACGCUCGUGGACUGCGAUGCCAGCCGGUGCUGAGGCACACGCUGCUGAGCAAGACUUGCUCAGCUCCCUUGCACUGCAGCAGAGCCGAAAUGGUUCCGAUGCCAGUUUUAAGUCAAGUUCCAGUACAGAGUCUGACUCCCUCCCUUUUGCCAAUGAAAAUGCUGGAACCAUAAAGCAGAGAGCUACCCGGCCUCAUCCAACCCUCACAACAAUGGACUAUCCAAAAACUGAGUAUACACCACCAAAACGGUUACCCAGCGAUCUCGCUGCUAGUCAGAAGGCGCUAAGAGAAAGAUCUGAGUCCAAGGAGCCAGCUGAUGUGCUGAAUGACAUUGGCAACAUGUUGGCCAACCUGACUGAUGAACUGGAUGCCAUGCUUGAAGAAGAGAAACGUCAGGGUCUGAGUCAGUGAGCUGUUAGUUCCUAGACCAAGGGCAUCCUGAGGAGGGGUGUUCCUUGUGGGGGGUUGGCCACCAAGAAAAGAAGAGAUUGUCUGCAAGUUGUGGUUGGGAAUUAUUAAUUGAAGUCAAGAGUUUGAAAAGAUUUGCCGAUUACAGCUUGUCCCAAGGCAGAAGUAGUAUUGUGUAGGUGUAUUCCUGAAUGAGACAUGAAAUAACCAAUGAAGAGUGUUUCAAGCACAGAGCAAAUUAUGAGCAGUGUGUUUUAAUGUCAAAUUGUACACUGUGUUAUUCUGUAGAAAUGAACAUUCCAUAGUUAUGUUCUCUCAAUAUUUGUCAUUGGCUACAAUGUUUAUCCACCAAAUGAUCAGAAGUGCCAGGUUUAUUCAUGAAUACACCCUUUUCCAAUGGUAUUUCUGUAUUUGGGAUUUUAUUGGUAACUAUCUUUGAAAAGUUAUAUCAUAACCUUUAGAACAAUUCCUUUUUUUAAGAAAUUUGAUAUUGAUCAUUUGAGAUGCAAAGUGUUUGUUUAAGUUCUCUUGUAUUGUUGAUGGGCAUCUUGCUAGCAGGACUCACAACUCUCUCAACUUGUUAGUUGUACUGUUUUGUAAUGAGGUGCAGACUAUGCCAGACACAGACCUAUGUGUAUAGUUUAUUAUUAACUUGUAGAUUUUUGUACAAAAAUAGCAAUAUUAUAUGCCACACUAGACUCUAGGAAGCUGUAGAUUAGCUGGAAAUAAUGAGACCUCCAUUAAUGUGAGCUGAGGGUGCCAAGGCUUUCAUCACCUGCAAUGUGGCCGGAGGGUCACGUGAGCCAGACGCACAGAUACUUGAGGGAACAUUCCUAACUCCGUUGAGUACCACUUGCCUGUGAACUCAAUUUAACAGUACCCACUGACUCAUCUAUGUUCACCCUGUUAGUUUAAAUAAUAUGAAGUGUAUAUAUAUAAAAAGAAAUAUAAAGUUAAAAUACACA